UCCAUGUUACAGGAAAGGGCAUUCCCUCUGAAACAAAAUCAGAAAGCCAUUGGCAAAGGCAAUCAAUCAGACCACAAGUAGCUAUUUACCCCCUUUCUUUCCGGGGUUGGAGGUGGGCUGGGAGUCCUCAAAGGUGCUGGGCAACUUGUAGAGCGAGUAAUAUGCCCUCAGGCCGGCGGCGACACUCAGGCCGCUUUUGUCUCGGCUACCGGCCAGGCUUCAGAGGCUUUGUACCAUGGAUUUGGGAGUGACAAUGGGCAUCUCCCUCAGAUUCAAGGCUGCCCAGCUUUACCUCUGGAAGCAAGAAAAAGAAUUGGGAAAGGAGUGGCCCAAGGAUCUGUCCCUUUGGAUUUUUUUUUUUUUUUUCUCCACGUAUUUCGGGAAUCUACUUGGAGGCCUCUUAGAAAGGCGCAAAACAACCUUGACCUGGGAGACGCGGUUCCCACAGGCCUCACUGAAGCCCGGACAGGGCAGCUGGUGGGGGCCGGCCCGAACUGGCAUUUGGGUUCUUCCCUCUGUCGCGUGUUUUCUUUCAGGGCCUCUUCAGCAGCCGGGGAGAAGACACGGACCCUGACCGACACUGUUUGCGCUGUAGACUCCACGGCUCGCUGGCCCUUCCGAGGGCUGACAGAAAUCCCCAACACGGCCACCGCCGACGCUGAGCCUGGCUGGGCCUGUCCACGAGCCAGGCCGCCUCGACUCUCCCCUCCGGCCUCGGCGUGUGCCUAGCCUCACGUCGAGGCUGUGUGUGGCUGCGCGGGCGUGUGUGAAUGUGGUAGGGGGAGGGGGCGCUCCGAGCUGCUCCAUCCGUCCGUUUUAUUAGGGACACAUUAAUCUAUAAUCAAAUACACCUCAUAAAAUUUUUAUUGAAAGGCAUAAUAUCAUUACAGAGGUCUUCCACCUGUUUUAAACAACACGACAAGCUGUGAGAGAGCGUGUGUGUGUAUGUGUGUGUGUGUGUGUGUAUGUAUGUAUGUGUGGGGAGGGGUGGGUUUAGGUAGCGAGAGAAACGAGGGGAGAAAACUCCCCUUGGGCGCCAGGGGGCCGCCCUUAAAGGCCCGCCUGCCUCCGGCUGCUCAAGGUUCUGGCUAAGUGCUAGGUGAGCCUGUGGACGCGCGACCCGCGGCUCUGAGCCCAGGAGCUGGAGAGCCAGAGCCCUGGUCGAGACUGCAGGACCCAGAGUGGCAAAAGGAGAUGAACAAAUAGUCCCCAGCGCCUCCUCCGGCCGCUGAUGGGCCUGUGGUCCCAGCCACCGCCGGGCUGGCCGGGCCGAGUCGGGCCGGGCCACGCCGAGCGGGCUCCUAUACCUGGGCCUACGGACUCUAAUUAUCGCGCUUAUGUUGAUGAUGAUUUUUUUUUUUUUUAAAAUCACAGCAGCCCCCAGUUUAGCGGACUGAUUUACUCCCGGUAUUGGUAAAUAUGAUCACGUGGGCCGCGCGACCAAUGGUGGAGGCUGCAGCCUGCGAACUAGUCGGCGGCUCCGGAGCCGGCGGGGAGCGGCUCGGCGGCGGGCAGUGUAACCUUGGGUGGGAGCGCACGGCGCCUCAAAAUGUCCUCCAGUGGCACCCUCAGCAACUACUACGUGGACUCCCUCAUAGGCCAUGAGGGCGACGAGGUGUUCGCGGCACGCUUCGGGCCACCGGGGCCAGGCGCGCAGGGCCGGCCUGCAGGUGUGGCCGACAGCCCGGCAGCGUCUGCCGCCGAGUUCGCCUCGUGUAGUUUUGCCCCCAAAUCGGCCGUGUUCUCUGCCUCGUGGUCCGCGGUGCCCGCCCAGCCCCCGGCGGCGGCGGCGAUGAGCGGCCUGUAUCACCCGUACGUGCCCCCGCCGCCCCUGGCCGCCGCUGCCGCUGCCUCCGAGCCUGGCCGCUACGUGCGCUCCUGGAUGGAGCCACUGCCCGGCUUCCCUGGUGGCGCGGGCAGUGGUGGUGGCGGUGGCGGUGGCGGAGGCGGCGCCCCGGGCCCUGGUCCCAGUCCUGGCCCCGGUGGCCCAGCCAACGGGCGCCACUACGGGAUUAAGCCUGAAACCGGAGCGGCCCCGGCCCCAGUCGCAGCCUCCACCUCCUCCUCCUCCACUUCCUCGUCCUCCUCCUCCAAACGGACUGAGUGCUCUGCGGCCCGGGAGUCCCAGGGGAGCGGCGGCACCGAUUUCUCGUGCAACUCGUUCCUGAGGGACAAGGCUGCAGCGGCGGCGGGGGGAACCGGGCCCGGGGCGGGGAUCCGGUCCGGGCCCGGGGCAGGCGGCUCGUCGGAGCCCUCGGCUUGCAGUGAUCACCCGAGCCCCGGCUGCCCGCUGAAGGAGGAGGAGAAGCAGCAUCCGCAGCCGCCGCAGCAGCAACUUGACCCAAACAACCCCGCAGCGAACUGGAUCCACGCUCGCUCCACCCGGAAAAAGCGCUGUCCCUACACCAAAUACCAGACGCUUGAACUAGAGAAGGAAUUCCUCUUCAACAUGUACCUCACCCGGGACCGGCGCUACGAGGUGGCCAGGAUUCUGAACCUCACAGAGAGACAGGUCAAAAUCUGGUUCCAGAACCGUAGAAUGAAAAUGAAAAAGAUGAGCAAGGAGAAAUGCCCCAAAGGAGACUGACCCAGCUCGGUACCGGCAGCAGCUCUCAAAGGCAACGGAGUUUAUCUUUGUGGGUGCUUGAUUUCCAGAAACUCUGCAGCGACUCAGACUUUUUUUUUUUCUCCCCCUUGGUAGAAGUGACUGUGUGGUUGGUCUCUGUGAGGUAUUUGGGGAACUCUGUAUUUGCUCGCUUCUGUGUUGGAGAAACCAAGUGGCUUUGGGGUUUCAUCUAUUCCACUCCCUCCCUUUCCUGCUUCAUCGGUUCCUUAGGAAAUGCUAUAUUUUGUGAGUGCACGCUGGCUUGAGGAGCCCUCUCAAUGUGUUAAUGUGCCCCAUGUUUCUGAAAAGUGCUGUAGUUUAGCUCCGGGAGCCUCACCAAACCGGACCAAGCGCGCCCCAAUCCGAGAAGCUGAAGGCAGAGGAAGACACUGUGCAUACCCCAGCUGCUCGCCCAGGCCUAAGCCUGAGUGGUUCGGUCACCCACCGGGUUUUGAAAGCCCACUUUCAACAGGGACCCCGCGGGCUGAGACUUCGAGUGAGGCCUAGGAAGAAGCCUGGGGCCUCGGGUGGGUGGGUGGGGGUCUGUUCUUAAUGUUUUGGAGCAGUUACUCUUUCUGGGAAGGCUGGGCUCACGUGAGCUGCUUUGGUUUGUGGCCCUCAGGGUUCCUGCUCGAGGACCAGUUGUAAAUGUUAAUGCUUCCUACCAAUAAAUGCUAACCUGAUCAAAUGGA